UUUAGUCUCUGACCAAGUCGCAACAAGUUAAGUUCGUCGUCCGUUGUUUUCAAGUUUAAAGUAGAAUCAUACGAACUUGAAAAUUUUGUAAAAUACUCAAAACAAAGAAUACAACAAAAGCUAAAAGUGUAGAGAAUAUGUAUGAGAUUCUCUUUAGAAAUAUUUUUCUAUUGAUUACAUUAAGUUGUGUCGCUAACGCGGCUAUAACCGCUUAUGGCGUCUGUAUAAAUCCUCGUCAAGAAACGGGUAUCUGUAUACAAAUCAAAGAUUGCGAUUAUUUUUUGGACAUUCUUAAUAAAACAGCCAGUAACGGUAUUAAUCCGACCGAUGCAAAAUUUCUAAGAGAAAGCCAAUGUGGUCAGGAUAAUUCACAGGAUACAUUGGCUAAGAAAGUACUGGUUUGUUGUCCCGACAACUAUCGCAGUACACUUGCCACACGUAAUGGAAUAAGUGAAAAAAACCUACCCGGUAAUGUUUUACCCGAACCAGGGGUGUGUGGUGAAAUUUUAUCAGAUCGUAUUUUGGGUGGUAAUAUAACAAAAAUCGAUGAAUUUCCUUGGAUGGCACUGUUGCAGUAUAAAACAGGACCCGAUCGUUAUGGUUUAUACUGUGGCGGAAGUUUAAUAAAUUCACGUUAUGUUCUAACCGCUGGUCAUUGUCUCAAACAUCCCGAUAUGCCAAGCACUUGGGAAUUACACAGUGUACGUUUAGGCGAAUGGGAUCUCACAACCAAUCCCGACUGUGUUAUCGAUGUGCGCGGUCGCAAAGAUUGUGUAGAUCCCCACCGAGAUGUUCUUAUAGAUUAUGCUAUGGCUCAUCCGUUGUAUGUGCCAACGUCGAAGAAUCAAUUCAACGAUAUUGCUCUUAUACGUAUGGCCGAAAGUGUUAAGACGACAGACUUCAUAAUACCAAUAUGUUUGCCAUUGACAGCUAGUUUACGACAAAAACGAUUUACCUCCACAGCCAUGGAUGUGGCCGGCUGGGGUGCUACCGAAAAUGAUACGGUUAGUACGAUUAAACUGAAAAUUAUGGUCAAUGUUUGGAAUACCACAAAAUGUCAGGAUACUUAUAAUAUCUUCAAUAUGCCAAUCGAUGAAAAUUAUCAAUUCUGUGCUGGUGGUGCAGAUGGUAUUGAUACGUGUCGCGGUGAUUCGGGUGGACCUUUAAUGGUGACACAACGCAUCAAGAAUAAAGAUGUUUAUUUUGUUAUUGGCAUUGUUUCGUACGGUCCAAGACCGUGUGGUCUUGAAGGUUGGCCGGGUGUGUAUACAAGAGUUGGAAAUUAUACUGAUUGGAUUUUAAAUAAUUUAUUGCCAUAAUAUUGAUGAAUAUAUAAUCGAGUUAGUACAUAUUAUAUAAUGAAUAAAGCUUAAAGUAAGGAGAACAA